AUGGUAUACCUCAACAACAUUGUGGAUGGUUGUGUAGCCCGUAUCGCUGCCAAGUUAGAGAUGAUGGAACCUUGCUCAAGUGUGAAAGACAGGAUUGGGUAUAGUAUGAUUAAAGACGCAGAAGAGAAGAGUCUGAUUAUGCCUGGAAAGACGGUCCUUAUUGAGGUUACCAGUGGAAAUACUGGCAUUGGUCUGGCAUUCAUUGCAGCAGCUAAGGGCUAUAAACUUAUUACAGUUAUGCCACAUACAUAUAGCAUUGAAAGAAGGAUUCUCCUCCGAGCUUUCGGAGCAGAGUUGUAUAUUACAGAUGCUGCCAAAGGCAUUGAUGGGCUUAUUCAGAAAGCCCAAGAGAUACUGGAAAAGACACCCAACGGUUAUUUUUUUCGGCAAUUUGAGAAUCCUGCCAACCCAAGGAUUCACUAUGAAACCACUGGACCAGAAAUAUGGAAGGGCUCUGAGGGGAGAAUUGAUGCCCUGGUUGCUGGGAUAGGAACAGGGGGUACAGUGACUGGUGCAGGGAAGUACCUCAAGGAGAAAAAUCCUAACCUAAAGGUGUAUGGUGCAGAACCAGCCGAAAGUGCUAUUCUGAAUGGAGGAAAACCAGUUGAGGUUCCUUAAAUAACUCUAUUCAACCAUUCUGAGGGGACAUUAUCUUCAUACACUGACUACCUCCUUACAAAAUAAUUUGCAUGACUUCAUGUAAAAGGCCCUCAUAAGAUCCAAGGAAUUGGUGCUGGUUUCAUUCCUGGAGUUUUGGACGUCAACAUUCUUGAUGAAGUUGUUGAAG